AUGUAUAUCCCUAAAGAAAAACUUAUUGAACUAGCUAAAAGACAAGGUGGUGGUGGUGUUAGUUGGAUUACCAUAGUUGUUCUUGUUGCUGUUAGUUACUUGAUUCUUAGUUGUUGUGUUCAUGGUGUUUGUUUUACGGAUGACGAUAUAAAUAAUGCUGUUGAUGAAAAUCGAAACAAUAAUAAUGGAAAUAGAAAUGCAAAUAACAGAGCCAAUAACAACAAUAAUGCCAGAAAUACAAACUCCAGCUCCAACCAACAAUCCAACCGAGCUCAGCCAGUUUCUCCCCCACCUACAUAUAGGCCAUAA